CCCGCCCCUUCCGGCGCACGUGUGGCACCGGGGCGAGCAGGGGCGCUCCGCCGCUUUCCGGGCAUCCUUUUGUGGGGACCCCGGGUCGGAGGGUCCCCGCGCGCCCCCGCGCUCUCGACCAUGGGAGUCCCCAAGAGGAAGGCCCCGGGCGGCCAGGACGGCGCGGCUCCCCGCGCGGGCGCAGCCAAGCGGGCCCGCUCCGAAGAGCUCACGGGCGUGCGCUUCAAGGCUCAGCUGCGGGAGCCGCAGGGCGCGGAGCCGGCCUUAGAAGCGUUUGUCGCUGCUGCCAAGAAGUUACCUCGAGAAGACGUAUAUGAUGUUGUGGAAGGGUACAUAAAGAUUUCUGUUGAGUGUGCAGAGAUCUUCCAACUCCUGAAUGGGGAGAAGCGACCUGAAAGUGAAAUGCUGUUAAUAUUUCAAGUUUUUGAGGCCAUACUGUUGCGGACUGCGAGCGAUCUUUCCCAUUUUCACGUUGUAGGGACCAACAUCGUGAAAAAGCUAAUAAAUAACCACAUGAAGCUCAUCUGUGAGUCCCUGUAUGCCUCGGGCUACAGGAUGGCUCGAGCCUGCCUGAACCUGUUGGCCGCCAUGGUGACCCAGGGCCCUGAGGCUGCCAGGGAUGUCUGCAGUCAUUUUGAUUUGAAUAAAAAGACCUUGUACACCCUGGCCACCAAGAGGGAUUCAAAGGGUGUGCAUGAUGUCCGGCUGGCCUACAUUCAGUUUGCCCUUUCCUUUCUGAUUGCCGGCGAUGACAGCACGAUCAUGCAAGUGCUGGAGUUGAAAGAAUUUAUUCCUUGCAUCUUUAGCUCAGGCAUAAAGGAAGACAGGAUUUCUACCAUCAAUAUUUUGUUAUCCACGCUGAAAACCAAGGUAGUUCACAAUAAAAAUAUCACGAAAACCCAGAAGGUGCGUUUCUUUACCGGGCAGUUAUUGAACCACAUAGCAGCUCUCUACAGCUGGAAUGGGAUUGUUGAUGUAAACCUGGAAAAUGUUGAGGCUUCUGCUGAGGAUGCAGGGAAAACCAUGGUGAGGGAGCUUGUUCACACCUUCCUGAUGGAUCUGUGCUGUUCACUCAAGCAUGGGAUUAAUUUUUACGAUGCAUCGCUCGGCACCCUUGGCAGAGGUGGGAACCUGACCCUCUUGCACUUCCUGUUGGGUUUGAAAACCGCCGCUGACGACGAGCUGGUGGGUGAGCUUGUGGUGAACAUCCUCAAAGUGUGCCCGGACUUACUGAACAAAUACUUCAAGGAAGUCACAUUUUCCUUUCUCCCAAGAGUGAAGUCCACUUGGUCAAAUAACAUCAAACUACUGAACAAGAUCUAUGAGGCCCAGCCAGACAUUUCCCGGGCUUUUCAGACCAGAGAGUUCAUCCCCUUGCCUCGGCUCCUGGCAAUGGUGAUGGUGACCACCGCACCUCUGGUGUGCAAUAAGAUCAUGUUCACCCAAGCAUUAAAUUUGGACAGCAAGUCAGUGAAACACACAGCUUUAUCCCUUAUUUCUGUCAUUUUGAAAAGAGCAUUGAAAACUAUUGACCACUGCCUGAAUAAAGAGAUGUGGCAAGGAUCAGGCGUGUACACGGCCACAGUGAUGGGAGAGUUUGUGCAGCUCUUCAGAGAAGCUCUGAGCAAGAUUUUGCCAGACCUCAACACCAUUGUGUGGGUCUGGCAGUCUCUUCGAAAGCAGGACACAAAACAGGAUGAUGAGAAAGGAAAGAAGAGGGACCACUGGACUCCUGCCACCUGUGCGGCUCCCGAACGAGAUGAUGCUGAAACCAUUCUUCUGAAAGCCGUUCUGCUCCAGGUCAUAUGCCUAUACCAAAAGGUGGUCCCACACGUGGUCACGCAGUACAACUUUGACUUCAGCAAGCUCCUGAAAGGCGUCAUCUCAGAGCAGGGCCUCCGCGAGGAGGUGCCUCCCAUUCUGCAGCACCACAUUCUCAAGGUGGCCCUGGAGCUGCCCGCCAGCAAGUUUUUGUGGUUAAAAGCACAGGAAGGCCCAGAUGCAGAAAUUAUUGGAGGAGAACGAUCUGUAUUUUACUUACUAAUGAAAAUGUUUGUGACCAGUAACCAUCUUCAGCUCAAGUCAUCGACCAAGCUGCUGAUCAUAAAGAUUCUGCGGGACACGGGUGUGUUCGAGCACACAUGGAAGGAGCUGGAGCUGUGGCUGGAGCACUUAGAUGACACUGUGGAAGAGAAACAAGAAACUGUGAUUCAGUUUUUGGAACGCGUUUUACUGACGUUGGUGGCGAAUCCCUAUUUAUACACAGACAAAGCAUCUGACUUUGUCCAGGAAGCCAGCACACUGCAGGCCACUGGGACGAAGCAGGAUGCUGAUGAUGUCAGCAUUCCCAUCUCUCACAUUGACGAUGUUCUCGACAUGGUGGAUGUCCUGGUGGAGGGCAGCGAAGGCUUGGAUGAGGAAAUUGGAUUCCUACUGAAUGAAGACAUGAUCCUGCUCACGUUCCCAUUCAGUGCAGUGGUUCCUGCAGCCCUAGAAGCCAGAAAUAAGUUGCUCCUUGGGACAGAAAGUGAAACAGGAGAGAGCAUCGUGGUCUAUCUGAUGACCGUGCUGACAGAUCUCCUCCAUACCCAGAGAGACCCUCUGGCUCUGUGUCUGCUGCUUCAGGCUUAUGACAAGUUGGAGCCUCCAGUCCCACCUUGCUGCCACCAGCUGGCCCGGUUCCACAGAUACUACAGCCGCUGGAUCCCAGAGCCAGCCCGAGAGGCCUCGGGCUUUCUCAGCCUCCCCAAGCCCCUUCAGACACCAGGCAACCUUGGUCCCCAGGGCCCUCCCGCCACCUCCUUCGCCACCCUGCUGCAGACAGCCUACGAGAGCGAAGGCUCACUCCUGGACGAGCAGGUUCAAUCACAGCUGCGGGCGGCCCUCCAGCACAUCCCGAUGCACCAGGUCCUGCGCUCGGCGAAACACCUGCUGCUCUACGUCAGGAGCACUGUGGAGAGCUUUGGCCAGCUGGGCCGAAGUACAGGGCCUGCCCUCCUGCAGCUCCUCCUGGAUCUCCUCAGGUGCCUGGUCGUCCACUGUGUGCAGCUGGAUGCAGAGAACCAGCAGAAAUGCCAGGCUGCCCAGGCUGAGGCUGACCUCUUUUUGGACAUGGAGUCCAUGGCCUCGCUGGAGCUGGCCAGUGACAAGACGCUGGAGGAGGUGCUAGUGGCCAUCCUCAGACACCCCACACUGGAGGGCUGGUACCUGGCCCUGGAGCAACAGGCCCUUCCUCCGCACACCCUCAGCCCCAUCCUUGUGAAACUCCUGGCAGCCCGCCUCAGCGCAGGGGUCCUGCAGCUACUGAUGGCAAGUGCCCCGGUCCUCCAGAGCAUUGGUCAGCGGGGCCUCCUGGCCAGGUACUCGGAGGCCAUUACCCAGAGCGUGUUGAAAGAGCUGCGAAACAGGAGGGCGGCCCCGGCCACGUCACCACCAAAGACCCUCCCGCAGCUGGAAGCCCUGCAAGGACUGCAUCCCUACAUGGAGGGCGCCCAGCUCCACGAGGUCAUCCUGGCCCUGCUGAGGCUGCCUGAGGCCCAGCUGGUGACCCAGCGACCCACAAAGUCUCCCCAGAAGGAGAGACAUCUGAACGCUCUUGGCAAGACCCUGGUCCAGCUGUUGACUGGCAGCACCCAGGACCAGCUGCAGAGCAACGAGCUCCUGUGGGCUUCCGAGUUUGUGAAAGGCCUGGGGGCUCUGCUCCCCACAUUGGCUGUGGACGAGCUGGAUGCCGUAUUCCUCCAUGCUCUGCAGAGAGAGCCCACACUGGCCCCCGCGGUCCGGGCAGACCUGCUCGACAACUGCCUGGCCCGGCGGUCGCAGCCUGCGCUCAGCGUGGCCACCCUGCUCGUGCGGCUGAGCUGCACCCACCUGCUGCGGUUCGAGCUGUGGUGCGGGCGGCCCGGCGCGGGGGUCUGCCUCCAGGAGCACCUUGAUGACUUCCUCCCCGUCGUCCACGUGUACCUCCAGGGCAGGACCCAGGGCCGCUUUGCACGCCUGGCAGGAGUGUCCUCUGCUGUCAUUCCUGUGUUGAGGAAGGCCCUUUGGAGACAGCUGCAGACCAGGCUGCUCAGCACAGAUGGGCCCCCAGAGUCUGGGCUGCAUCAGGAGGUCCUGGCCCAGCUGGUCCCCUUUGCAAGAGCCAAGGACCUUGCUGCCCUCAUGGCCCAUCUGCCCGGCUUGCUUCAGACUCCAGGCAGGCACAAGAGUUGGAGUGUGGCCGACUCUGUCUCUGCAGUCCUGGAAGGGUCGGCACAAGAGCUGCGUGCCUGGAGAAGGACUCUGCUGGACUCCUGUGUGAAAUGGCUGAUCGUGUCUUUCAGUAGUGGCCAGCUGGACCACAACAGUGCCCAGGAUGAAGAGAGGCAGAUGCUGCUGAGAUUUAAUGAGCUGUUGAGUUCCCUUAAUGAAGUUGAUCCUGGCGAUUGGCAGAAAUUUGUGAAGACUGGACUCAAAUUUCGGUAUCAGGACCACGCAUUUUUAAAGGCCCUCCAUGCUGCCAUACAGCACCUAUAUCUUCCCGAAAACUCCAUGUGCUCACAGCUUAUCCAGCUUCCGCUGGUCCACAUGAUGCUCACACAACAUUCUCUGUUUUUGCCAACUCUCCUGAAGUCUGAAGAAGAGGAAGGCCCAGACAAUCAAGUGAAAGAAGCGCUGGUGGACCUGAUGUCGGUGGUGGUGAAGUUGUGUCCUUCUGUCUGUGAAAGCAGCCAUUUUGCGGUGCUUCUGGGGGCCUAUGGUGCCACUCUCAGCGUGCUGGACCAGAAGAUUUUACUUCUUCUCCGGGCCUAUGAACAGAACAACCUCAGCCUCGUGAACUUCAGAGUGUUGCUGUGGGGCCCGGCAGCGGUGGAGCAUCACAAGACGUGCCGGAGCCUGGGCAAGUCGCUGUGGCAGCAGCCGAGCGUCGGGGACAUCCUCCGCCUGCUGGAUCGGGACCGGAUGAUGAAGACCAUCCUCCACUUCCCCCAGAACCGGAGGCUGCUGUCCCCCGAGGACACACAGGAACUGAUAUUUAAGGACCGGAGCACAGUGGAUCUCGACGGUCUUUAUGAUCCCUGCUUUCUCCUACAUCUCUUCAGUGAACUGACCAGGCCAGAAUUUGUGGUGGAUUGUCGAAAAUUUUUGGAUUCCAAUUCUCUGGGCCUAACUGUCGCAGCCCUCAGCAGCUAUGACCCCCAGAUGCGAGCUGCAGCCUACUACGUCCUCGCAGCCUACUACUCGCACCUAGAGGGGGCACGGUUCCGAGAGCAGUCCCAGCUACUUUACCUGUUAGAUGUAGUCCGGAAUGGGAUCCGAACGCAGAAUAUGAGACUCACCUUCACCUUGACUCUCUUCAUUGCCAAGGCAGCCCUGCAGAUUUUGAAACCAGAGGAGCACAUGUACUUGAAGAUCAACAAGUUCCUGCUGUCACAUGAGUACUUGAAUAUGAACAAAGUGCCUGGCUUCUACCAAUUCUUCUACAGCUCGGACUUUGAGCAAAAGACAGAACGGGAAUGGGUGUUCGGGAUCCUACGGCAGGGGAUGCGGGACAAGCACUGCUACAAUCUCUACGCCAGGCGAGGAAUCUUCCACAUCAUCCUUUCCUUCUUCAGCAGCCCUCUGUGUGACGAGGAGGCACAGAAUUGGAUCCUGGAAAUUCUGCAGAAUGCUGCCCGGGACGCCCAGUGUGCGUAUGAGAUCCUACGGGACUAUAGCCUUUUAACGUGGAUCUUACACAUCCUUGAGAGCAAGUUUCUGGAGACCCAGCUGCUGUCCAACAUAAUCUCCCUGCUGCACACACUCUGGGUGACCAUCCUGGGAGACAAGGGAGCAGACUUGGAGGGCCAGCCUUCCUGCAGGCUGGGGUCCCAGGAGCCCCCGAAGCUGCUCGCCCUGCACGUGGUCAACGAGUUCCUUUAUGUCCUCAUCAUGCUCACGAAGCACCUGAGGCCGACCUUGGCCUCCGCCCAGCUGACUCACUUCUUCGGGGCACUCGAGUCUGUGCUCAGGUACCGGGCCACCGUCAUGCAGGCCUUCAGUGACAUGAACCGCUUCACCGUGAACGAGACAGUGCUGUCCACCAAAGAUGUCCUUGUCCUCCUGCACAAAUGGAGCCUCCUUGAGAGAGACAUGAAGCUCCAGGAGGACCUGAGAGCAGCCAUUGAGAAAUACCAAGUCAAGGAGUUACUGAAGAUGCUCAAGGAUAAGAAUAAGCCUGUCGUGCCAGCCCGAGCCAAAGGCCCACGGGGCCGGAAAAGGAGGCCUGGGGAGGCAGAGGAGACUGCUGACCCUGAGCAACAGGCGUCUACCUUGGAGAUAUGCAGGGGCCUCCUGAGGUCCAUACUGACCCACUGGGGGCCAGCAUUCCCCAGCCCUGCACGGACCCAGGAGCCUGUGGACCAGGCCACCCCCGAGAGCGAUACGCCAGGCCUCGCAUACGCCACCGCUCCCCUGGUGGUCAGCUGGGUGCUGUGGUCAGUGGCUGAGCACCCACUGAGCAGGGCGGAGACUUCAGGACUCCUCCGCUGGCUCAAGAGCCACAUUUUGCCCCAGCCAGUGGUCGUGGCUGACCUUCUCAGGGACAGCGCUGUGAGGAGUAACAUAUUCAAGCUGUACAGCCGGUUCUGUAGUGCCGAGGAGCUGGUGGGGCCCACGCAGAGUGUUGCCUGCCUGUUCAACACGGUCAUGCUGCAGUUGGUGGCGGCCCAGGGCCCCGAGCAGAGCCCCUUCCACCCGGUGAUGGAGACCCUCUGCCUUUCAUGUCUGCAGGAGGAGGAUGAAGCCACUCGAGCCGCUGCAGCAUUCCUGGUGUCUCUCUACAUUAAGGACAUCUGGCUGGGGGCUCAGCGGCCAGACACCCUCUUAAGUCAUGUCCAAAUGAUCUGUGACGCCGCGGAGGACACGCCAGGUGGUGAUGAGGAGGCCAUCGUCAUCCUCUGCAAGGACAUCGCCACCUCAGUCCCCGAUGCUUGACGCCCUGCCACCUGACACCUCCUGGCACCAGGUUCUAGAAGUUUCAUUGAGUCAGGAUUUCCAAGCAAGGCUUAUAUAAUGACAAGUUCUGUCCAUAUUAACUCAGUUUCCUGACAAGUGAAGCUGACUUAUUUAAGUCACCAAUAAGUAUUAAGCUCAAGGGACUGUGCAUACAACGUGGUCAAAGCUGUGAUGGGCAUGGGUCCAUCUGGGCCACAAGCCUGUUCAGUGUUCCAAAAGGUAAGACCCUUCCUCUCGGCUUUGUUGCUCUUGAAAGAAAAGACCUCAAAUUGAAGUAACAUUUCUGAGCACCUAAGGGAUUUGUAGAUAUUUAAGCUAAAAUGUCCAAGAAUAUGAUAUGUCAGAUAAAAGAGUGUGAAAUGUUUCAGCUUUUCUUUCCAUGAGAAGUCUUGCAAAGCUUUGUAUAACUUUUUGAGUGAAUGAGCUCCUGCCCGUAAUUAUUUUAGUAAGUAAAAGGGUGUUACGCUAGAUCCUUAGAGUAUAAAAUUGAUUUGACCUCUGCUUUGGGAAGAGAGCCUGUAUUUUUUUAAACUGUCUCAAAAGAGGGAUUUGGGAUUUUAUAAGUUGUUAAUAAAUGUCUAUUUUUGUUA